GAAAAUUCGAGAAAAAAAACAAUACAAAGAACUACACUUCCCAGCAUGCUCAUCAGCCAAAAAUAUGGUUGCACACAACAUCAGCUGCAGAGGACUGUGUAUUUUAAUACACCAAUUGCAAAUAUGCUGAGUUUCUUCGUGAUUAUUGUUCUUUGCAUAAAUCGUGUGUCUACUUUGGAUACUAAAGUCUCACAGAAUGCCCACAGUCCCAGUGAGAGCUAUCUCAUGUCCAUAUGGCAAAACAGACUGUACUUGUAUUCAGCUGCUGCACUAGUCUUUGGGAUCUGGUUCUCACUUAAGUUGGUACUGAAGAAGAAAAGCUUCUCCAAAGACGUCGGCCCGUGGGUCUACAAAGCUGUGAAGAGCAAUGACAUCCCUGACAGAGACACCUCAGUUCAUGUGUCCGGAGUUAAAAUCUUCUACGGUUCACAAACUGGAACUGCAAAGGGUUUUGCAGAAGAGCUGUCAGAGGAGGUGAAGACUUUGGGUAUACCAGCAGAGGUGAUCGACAUCAAAGACUACGAUCCAGACGAUCAACUUGCUGAUGAGUGCACCAACAAGUCAGUCUGUGUAUUUCUUGUGGCCACCUACACUGACGGACAGCCCACAGAGAACGCUGAGUGGUUCUGCAAGUGGUUGGAGGAGGCAUCCACUGAUUUCAGAUACGGGAAGACCUACCUCAAAGGCCUCAGAUAUGCUGUGUUUGGUCUUGGCAACUCUGUCUAUGUUGGCCACUAUAAUACGGUGGGUAAAAACGUGGACAAGUGGCUUUGGAUGCUGAGUGGCAUGCGAAUCAUGACCAGGGGCGAGGGCGACUGUAAUGUGGUGAAGAGCCGUAAUGGCAGCAUUCAGGCAGACUUCGUGUCCUGGAAGGUCAGGUUCCUGAAGCGCCUACAGGCCCUGGCCAAGGGUGAGAAGAAGAGCUGCAGCGGGAACUGUAAGACUGGAGGCCUCUGUAAGAGCAAGAGGAAAGACGGCCAGGAGGAGGAGGAGGAGAAGGAGGAGGAGAAGGAGGAGAAGGCAGCUCUGCAGAAUAACAGCUCGGAGGAGGAUCUUAUAGAGUCCAGCAGUGAUGAGGAGGACUCAGGCCUGCAAGAUGAGAAAAACUCCGGUUCAGUGGUUGACAUGGAGGAUCUGGGCAAGAUCAUGAACAGUGCCAAGAAAGCAAAGAGCAAGGAGGAGGGUCGAGGAGACGGCCAGAUGGUGAAGCUAUCCAAGUUGAACGGCGUGAAGAAGAUUGAAGAUGACGUGGAAAGAAGAGAGAUGAUCACCCCUGCCCUUAGAGGGGCACUAACAAAACAAGGGUACAAACUAAUUGGAAGUCACUCAGGAGUGAAGCUUUGUCGAUGGACCAAGUCCAUGUUGCGAGGGAGAGGAGGCUGUUACAAGCACACUUUCUAUGGUAUUGAGUCCCACCGGUGCAUGGAGACUACCCCCAGCCUCGCCUGUGCUAACAAGUGUGUCUUCUGCUGGAGACACCACACCAACCCUGUGGGCACAGAGUGGCGCUGGAAGAUGGACCCUGCCGAGAAGAUCCUGCAGGAUGCCUUGGAGAAGCACCAGAGCAUGAUUCGACAGUUCAGAGGUGUCCCUGGAGUGAAGCCCGAGCGGUAUGAGGAGGGCUUGGCAGUCAAGCACUGUGCCCUCUCCCUGGUGGGUGAGCCAAUCAUGUACCCCGAAAUCAACACCUUCAUCCGCCUCCUCCACUCUCAUCGCAUCUCCAGCUUCCUGGUCACCAAUGCACAAUUCCCAAAGGAAAUCAGGAGCCUGGUGCCAGUUACCCAGUUGUACGUUAGUGUGGACGCCAGCACCAAAGACAGUCUGAAGAAGAUUGACCGACCACUUUUCAAGGACUUCUGGCCCCGCUUCCUGGAUAGCCUCAGGGCCCUGGGAGAGAAGAGACAGAGGACGGUGUAUAGACUGACGCUGGUAAAGGCCUGGAAUGUGGAGGAGAUGCAGUCCUACUCAGAGCUCAUUGCUUUGGGCCAGCCGGACUUCAUCGAGGUCAAGGGAGUGACGUACUGUGGGGAAAGCUCUGCCAGCAGUCUGACCAUGGCUAAUGUCCCCUGGCACCAGGAAGUGGUCGCCUUCGUCCAGCAGCUGGCUGACAUGUUGCCUCAGUAUGAGAUCGCCUGCGAACACGAGCACUCCAACUGUUUGCUCAUGGCACACACCAAGUUCAAGGUGGAUGGCGAGUGGUGGACGUGGAUCGACUACGAGCGUUUCCAGGAGCUGGUCCAGGCUCAUGAGGAGAGUGGGGGACAGCAGGGCUUCUCAGCCUUGGACUACAUGGCCAAGACGCCUAGCUGGGCUCUGUUUGGAGCCAGUGAGCAAGGUUUUGACCCCGCCGACACACGCUUCCAACGGCGCAACAAAACCAAAGACAUUUCAGGAUGCUGAUAUAUGUGAGAGAGUGAGAGAGAGGUAGGAUGAAUAGAAUGAGUACUAAUCUCCAAAGCAUAAACAAUUAAAACAGGUAGGGUUCAAUGGAUUUAUUCCUAUCCUCUUUGAGUUUCAGAGAGUUUACUUUCCCCAGCUGCCCUCGUUCUCACUUAAGCUCUUUCGCCCUCGUUUCAUUUCUCUUCAAUUUGGAUCUUUCAUUUUAUUGGCGUGAGCUCUAAGAUCAGCCAAAAACUGUCAGAAUUAAUUUAACAUUCCCCUUCACAUUCACUUUAAGUGCUUCUUUUACUUCCUGUACAUAGAUCUUUGAUACUUCCCUCUUUUUUUGAAGGGGUCAUUAUAAUAAAUAUCAAUGGCUUUGAGCUGUUAAACCAUCUGGCAGCACUCGGUUUACACUGUUAAAGUUGGGAGUUUGUGUCAUUAUCAUCAUUUCGGACAUUUUUUUUUUUAAUAUUCCAGGUUCUACUGUAGUUAGGCAGCUGUACAGCUCAGAACAUGAUAAGCGUAUAAGGAGUAGCUCUUCUCCUCAUGUCGUCUGUGGGAGCGACACUUUCCCAGACACCUUUUUCUCCUACUCAUUAGGACAGUGGAUGUAUUUACUUACAGGUGAGAGACUUGAGCAGGGAGAGAAAGGCAUUAAGGCUGUGUCUCCGCUGGAAAAAUCUGGCUUAUUUCUCUCUUUGUUGUCCUUUUUUUUUUCUUUUUUUUUUUUGCACUGUUGCACAUUCCCAGCCCAAUAUUGUAGCUUUUGGCAGAUAGUUUUGCAAUUCUGACAGGUUUGCUGUAAAAAAAACAAACAAAAAGGUGCACAAUGUUUACAAAAAUCUACUGUAAUAUUGUUGUAUAUUUGCGAUAUUUAAACAACUUGAUAUCAAAAAUAUAACAUUUCACAGUAUUUGACCUAAUCUGCGGAUAGAUGAUGUAGUAAAAAAACUUCAUCAGUAGUUUUAAUAUAAAAAAAGUGGAUAAAGGCACUUGAAGGGAUAAAAUGUUUCACUGUUUUGGAUUGCAGUUUAAGAAGGAAUAAAUCCAAAUUUAAGCUGUUCCACAGAAUUGCGAUCACCAUAUUCUCAGGCAAUAUCAACGACUCCCAACUCUUAGUUAAAGAGACAAAACACUGUGCACAAAGAUAGAUAAAACACAUUUUAAAAAUCCAUCCAACUCCCAAAUGUAUGCUGUCUGAUCUACAUUCAGCCACCCGCCCAGAUAAAGUAGGAGUAUGAAGAAAUGUAGCUUCGGUCUAACUCAUGAACACCUCCUCGAGUCCAGCGUGCCGCAAUAAAGCCUUGACUGAUAUUUUAGUGAAUCCAGAUGUAAAAUUCAAGUCCAUUUUCCUUUUCUUUUUAAUUGAAUGUAAAACCAGAUGUUAAUGUUUCAGUCCAUUUUGAUUUGUUUUGUAAGAUCUCUAAUGUUGCAGUGACUCCCUGUUGGGAGAAACAGCAAGUGUGGGGAUAUAUCACUAUAAUAAAUAGAUGAGGAAUAA